AGCAGCAUCUGAUUACAGACUCCAUAGGGGGAGGACCUUUAGGAUCCACCGGCACUAAAAAUACGUCUUUAUUUAAGUCUGGACUCAACCAAACACCAGACUUUACGGUCUGUUUUGGGAGGACUUGUGGACUUUUCACCGAACAAAACCGGAAAACUCCGAUAAUCCUCGGGAAAAAAAAUGCGCGAGCCGAGGUCGGAUUUUCAUAUAAACGUCUGAGUCUGCGCGUGAAACUGGUGAAAAACGGCACUUUUCUGGAGACUUCCAUGACCCACACCGGUGCGUUUUCAGCAUCGACGAAGUUCUGAGGUUGAAUCUUCCACUUCCAGGAGGAGACCGGAUUUGGGUUCGGCUUCACGGAUCCACGUCGAAGGAAACAGGGGGACCGUCUCCACAUCUGUUCCUGUCUCCUUACACUCAGGCCAGUAGAGACAAAGGCCGUCUUCCAUUUGGACAUUCAUCUUUGUUUUCAUUUCUUUUUAGUUUAUUAUUCAGCCGCCAUCAUUCCGUGCUGUAAGGCUGACACCAAAAUGUCUUCCAAUGGAGACCUCAGUGACCUGGGGAGCUCAGACAGCUUCUGGGAGCCCGGGAACUACAAACGCACAGUGAAGCAGAUUGCUGAUGGCCACCGGCUAUGUAAUGACCUGGUCAGCUGCUUCCAGGAGAGAGCCAAGAUUGAGAAGAGUUAUGCACUGCAGCUGAGCGACUGGGCCAAAAGAUGGAGGGGUGCAGUGGAGAAAGGACCCCAGUAUGGUACUUUGGAGAAGGCAUGGCAUGCCUUCAUGCAGGCAGCCGAUCGACUCAGUGAGCUGCAUUUGGAGCUGAGGGAUCGGCUGGUGAACGAGGACAGCACCAAGAUCCGCACCUGGCAGAAAGAAGCUUUCCACAAGCACAUGAUUGGAGGCCUAAGAGAGGUGAGAGAAGCUGACGACGGCUUCCGCAAAGCUCAGAAACCCUGGGUCCGGAAACUCAAGGAGGUGGAGUCCAGUAAGAAGAGUUAUCAUCAGGCCAGGAAGGAGGAGUGGACAGCAGUUACCAGGGAAACGCAUGCCAAAGCUGACCCGUCCAAGUCACAGGAGGAAGUCCGCAAGUACGUGGUCCGAUCGGAGCGCUGGAACCAAGAGGCAGAAAAAACGAAGGAGCGUUACAACAAGGCUCUAGAGGAGCUGAACCGCUGUAACCCUCGUUAUAUGGAGGACAUGGAGCAGGUGUUUGAUCUUACCCAGGAGGCUGAGCGCAAGAGGCUGUGCUUCUUUAAAGAAGUCAUGUUGGACAUCCACACGCAUCUGGACUUGUCCACCAGAGAAAGAUUCAUAGCUCUCUAUCAGGACCUGGGCCAGACGAUCCGAGCCGCCAAUGAGACCGAAGACCUGAGGUGGUGGAGAAACACACAUGGACCAGGCAUGAGCAUGAACUGGCCCCAGUUUGAGGAGUGGUCUCCAGAGGCGAGCCACAGCAUCAGCAAGAAGGCGCGAAGUGGUCACUCUGAGGACAACGUAGUGACCCUAACCAACAUUGUGUCAUCUGGGGAAGGGGAUGUCCCGCCCAGUCCCAUCACUCAGGACACCAACAGGGUUAAAGACUACUCGUCAGACUGGUCGGAUGAAGAGAGUCCUAAGAAGAUUUUGGUGGUGAAUGGUGUUGGGGAGACGGAGGACAAGGAGGAGCAGGUGGAGGGGGUGCCGGUCCGAGCACUCUAUGAUUACAUGGGCCAGGAGGCAGACGAGCUCAGCUUUAAAGCAGGAGAGGAGCUGCUGAAGUUGGGAGAGGAGGAUGAGCAAGGCUGGUGUAAAGGACAGCUGAGCAGUGGACGGGUGGGCCUCUAUCCUGCCAACUACGUCCAGCCGGUCACCUCCUGAUGCCCCGCCCACCCACCAGUCAAUCACAUAGCUACACAGAUGUCAGGACCAAUCAGAGGAUGCAAGUCUAUCCAUGCAGAUGAUUAUCCACCCACUCAUCCACCAGUGAGAGCAGACGAGUCCUGGAAGAACCGGGACACAAACAAGACGUCUGGGACUGACAUGGACACCCAUGCACAUGGAUGGACUUUUUUUUUUUUUUUAUACAUUUUAUUUACUCUGGACUUACUAUUUCAGUGAGAAUAGACUAUUUUUGUCAAUCAAUUACACACCCAAAAAAAUCCUUUAACGCUCUUAACA